CACACACACUGCGAGCCAUACUGUGAGCCACCCACACUGCGAGCCACCCACACUGCGAGCCACCCACACUGCGAGCCAUACUGUGAGCCACCCACACUGCGAGCCAUACUGUGAGCCACCCACACUGUGAGCCAGGGCAGACAGGCUCCAGCACGCCAGAUGUAGGGGACUAUACAGUCCGAUGCUGCGCCUGCAAUAAGAGCAUUAUGGGAGAUGUAGUCCACAAACCCUGGAGUGCCCCCGCACACAGCCCGCGGAAUGGACACAAACUUCGGAUUGUAUUAACUAAGACAGCACCAAACAAAUCCCAUGAUGCUUUGCUACCGUUCCUGCACACACAGCAUCACGGGAGAUGUAGUCCAUCAAUGAAUGAGAACGGCCCGGGAAUCGCUGAUAUCUCCCACCGCAGUAUCGGUACGCGGCCGGCCCAAACCGGAAGUUACCUCCGCGGCUCACGGCGACACUCCUGCACUGCAGUACUCUAUGGUCCUGACGUCACUAAAGAUGUGGGCGUUACCUGCAAAAAGGAAAAAGCCCCGCCCCCCUGCGGAGACAGUCAGUGCGCAUGCGCCUUGAGCUCCGGGUCGGAUGCACUGGACGCACCUUACUGUUUAUUACUGAUUGACGGGACGUUAGAGUUUCGGUUGUGACGCGAGAAGCCGAGCUCGUCAGCCAUGAACGGGACCCCGCCCCCUCCGCCGCUGGACCGGGAGGAGCACGGGCUGAGACUCGGGGAGAGCUUUGAGAAGAAGCCUCGCUCCUCCUUCCACACAGUGCGAUGUAAGUAACCUAUAGAGCCCUCAUUGGGGCUCGUCCAAUCAGGGGAGCCGCCUGUGACGACACGCCACGCCCCCUCUCAGCUUUGUUCUGUACACAGAAUGAGGGUCACGUGAGGGCAGUAACUAAAGGGGGUCAUUCACUAAACAGUGCAUUGAAAAUCCCAUGUCAGAGUUUAGCCUGUUGUAGCCAAGCUGUAAUAAUGGCUGAGUUGGGGAUUUAUUUAUUUAAAUUUUUUUAUCCAAAUCAGCACCUUUUUGUUUUGCCUAAAUUCUAUUAUUCAGUGUUUCAUAAAAAAACACAUUGGAGUUUAUUCAGUUAAACUUAGAAUUGCUGAAAAUAGAAAAUCUAAUCACAAUCAGUAAAUUUGCAUUUGGACUUUUUUUUCACAACAAUUUACUGCUUUGGGGGUUUAUUCACUAACUUUAGAACUUUAGUGAAUUUGGAAUCCACACAGCUAACACUAAAGUAGCCUAGUUGAACUUGGGAGGGCCACUCUUCUAAAUCAGCGAUCUUGGCCUGUAUGUGAAAUGGUAAAGGGUGUAUGAUAUUGAAUAUGAAAUAAGAAUGUUGGACAUUUUUAUGCAGCUGGGAGUAUUAAACUGAUAUUUUAGAUGUUGAAGGGGCAUUAAAAAGGAGAAUGAGCAGUAAGUCAAUUCAUGGAAUUAGCUGGUAGGUAGUUGGAUUAGGACCACAAAAUUUGGGGACCUUCUAGCGCUAGAGUUCUGGGACAAGACAUCUAGGCAUUCCCUGGUCCUGUAAUUAUUGUAUCAGAGAGCUUAAUGAAUGGACCAUUAUAUGUUACCCAACAACCCACAUGUGAAUGAAGGAUUGGACAAAGGGGUAAGAGCCAAUUGUCAGGGCCCUACCUGGUUGUCAUUACAUAUUAUUUGACAAGUUGUUUAUUGGGGCAACUGAAUAAUAUGUCAGUUUUGUCCCCUUUUUGCAGGAUUUUAUGUUUUUCUUCAAUGGGACUCAAUGUACACCCCCUUGGGUUAUUUGUGUGUAUAGUAUAUUGUUGUGUGUUUUAUCUGAGUAGUUUUGUUUCAUGCUGUGCUUUGCAAUUUGGAGCAGUAGUGCCCUGUCUUAUGCCCCCUUUUUGCAUAUUAAAAACUAAUAUUUAAUUGUUAAAUCUUUCUCUCUCCAGAUGACUUCAAGCCAGCAUCUAUAGAUACUUCUUGUGAAGGUGAGCUUCAAGUUGGAAAAGGAGAUGAAGUAACAAUUACUUUGCCACACAUACCAGUAAGUAAUUUUUUUCAUAAACCCUGUAUAGUAUUGAUUUAGGUCCAUUGUUGAUUGUGCAGUAUAUUGCCACUAAGUUCAAGCUGUUUUCUAAGUGGCGUGAACAGGAAAAGUUAUCAUCAUCAAAUAUCGUAUGAAAAGCUUUUAACAGAUAUUUUCCUUGUCACAUUACGUGGUACUUUGGAGCUGCUUUUAGUUUUUUUAGUUUUUUUUCCCAAUUUGACAGUUUUUAUUUUGUCGCAACAAAAUGGUUACAGAAGAAAGAAAAGGGGGUUAUGGCGGUUCAGGUUUUACAUAUCCUGUACAUUAAUUCCAUUGGGUCUAUUAGGUCUAUACAUCAAGUUCUCUUCUUAUACAUUCGAAACAGGCAUUGCAAGAUGUACAUUUCUCCCACCUUUCCCCUAAUGUGUCAUCUUGUGCUGCCUCGCAGCCCCCCGAGUUGGGGAUUUGUUGCCAGAUUAUCUGGUGGGAGGGUUUUUUUUUCUUUUUUUUAAUAUGAAUAAAAUCCUUCCAGGUAAACUGACUUUCUGUGAGAAGAUUGUGUUGAGCAUCAAAAUGUUUUAGGGCAGUAAUAGCCCUGCAACAAACAGUAGGUUAACAUACCUUCCAGCAUGUCAAAGGGACAAAAUAGACAGUUUAAUUUUAGGGAUGUGAGUGGGGGUUCAAAAACAGUUUAUUGAACUAAAUUUUAACGUAGAACAAUGUAUCUUAAUUUCACAUUGUAGUUUAAAGAUCGAUUGCUGUCAGUAUUAUUACAUUGGAGAUCAGUUAUACACACCAACUAUGCUUCUAUAAAAGAGGGGCAUUAAGACAAAAAAGAGGGACAGAGUGAUUUGAGCCCCAUAAUAAGGUCUGCUCCUCCUAAAUAGGGACACUUUGGAUGUAUGGUUAACUCCGAUUGGAGUAAGCAUUGAGCCGGGGGAAAACAGGGAGUCACACAUGAAACCUAUAGAAGCACAAGAAGUAUGCAUAUUGUGUCAAGAGAAGGAGUGGUGUUAACCCGGAAGCUGGGAUAUUGAGUUAGGGAAGGUAUGUUAAAAGGGCUUUCAUAUGAUCAUCUCUGAUUCUGAGCCGGCUAUCAAGCUCUACUGAACCAUCUGGGCUAGAUGCUCUAAUAAUGGUUGGGCAGAGAGACCUUGACUAGUUUUAAGACAUUAAAAAAAGAGGUCUGACAAACUACAGUGUUUCUUGUGCCAGACACCGUGAAAGAUGGCUGCUAGUAUCACUAGGGAGAGGCAUGAAUUGAGAGAUAAAGGCUCUUGGAUACGUUAUAUAUCUUUGCUUACAUGGGUAGUACUGUUGUAUUUGUGAGACAUCACAGUACACAAAUAUGUGUAUUCUAUUGCAGUAAAUCUAACAGUUUCAUAACAUUAACUGUUAAAAUGUUAUGCAGAACUUGAAAAAUAAAAAAGAAUUCUUAAUUUCUUAAACUUUUUUUCAUAUUUUAUUUAUAUAAAAUCAUGUUUCAUAUAUACAUAUUUGAUGUGAAACAAAAGCCCAAUUUCUCCUGAACCAAAUUAUAUAUACUAGGCGUGGGUGCACUUAAUAUGAAAGCCGUAAAUUAUGGUUGAACAUGCGUAUAGCACAAAUUCUAGGUUUUGUUUUGGUUCAGAAUUAGGACAAUUGCCUCUGUCCUUAAUGGGUUAAUGAAGCCAUUAUGGUGUAUAGAUCAUGCCCCUGCAGUCUCACUGCUCAUUAAUUCAUCUUUUUUAUGCAGCCUUAGUCACACCUCCCUGCACAGCCUUCCUAAACUCUUAGAAAUGCUAGGUUCCUUUAUUGCACAUUCUAUUUAAUUGAGGAUUUCUUAUCUUCUGCCCUGUUAAUAGCAUUCUAGACCCUGCAGCAGCCCCCUGUGUGUGAUUAAUGUUCAUUUAUAGAGCAGGAGAUACAAACUUCUAAAGUAAGCUACAUCUAAUUGAAAAUGAAACCAUGAUUUUCCUACAGGCUGUGUAAGUCACAGCCAGGGGAGGUGUAGAAAAGGUUCUAUGGACAGAAAAAAAAAAAAGUGAUUAAACUCCUAAAUAGCAGAGAAUUGAGCAGUGAGACUGCAGGGGCAUGAUCUAUAUACUAAAACUGGUUUGUUAAACUAAAGUUAUUUUAAUGCCUAUAGUGUCCCUUUAACCCCUUAAGGACCAAACUUCUUAAAUAAAAGGGAAUCAUGACGUCACUCAUGUCAUGUGUCCUUAAGGGGUUAAAGAACAGUUUUUAUGACAACAUAGACUGUGAUUAGUCCUAAAUGAGUUGAUCUCGAAUAUUCACAUUUUGGAGCACCGAACACUGUUGCUUAGAUAUUGUUGCUGUGGCGACAUUGCAAAAGGUCUUUAUGGCAUGAUUUUUAGAAAUUGGGACAUUACACUAGAAGUGCGGGAAGCAAUUACAUAAAUUGUAUGUAUCCGCAGCAAACCAAUAAAUUAACCACAAAAUAUAAUCCAUCAACCUACAUCUGAAAUACACAUUUUGCCUGCUCCAAUAUCUCAUUUGAUUUGUAUUCUGUAUACUUUAUGCAAAGUGCUAAAAAUACUUGCCCCAUUAAUGGGUGUGGCUUGUAUUAACAAGUGGCCAUCAUGUGAGCCAUACAGUUGCCUAGCUCGCCAUAAUUGGGAGUGGGGGGUGAGGGCGUAGCUGUGAGAAAUAAAGAAAUAGUGUCGGUUAAAGGGACUCUCCAGUGCCAGGAAAACAAUCCAUUUUCUUAGCACUGCAGGUCCCCUCUCCCUCCCACCUCCCAUCCCCGGUUGCUGAAGGGGUCAAAACCCCUUCAGUGACUUACCAGAGGCAGCGACGAUGUCCCUCGGCGCUGCUUCUUGGUCCGCCCACGCUCCUCCCAGUCACCACGUCAGCCGGCAAUACACCCUGUUCCAAAUUAUUAUGCAAAUGAUAUUUUUCUCAUUUAGCUAAAUAAUUGAUGUAAAUAACAGUCAGCAUAAUUCUCAUGUUAUCAACUAUUAAGAGUACAAUUCAAAUUUUAUUGAACAAACCUCCUAAUGAUAACAGUAUUUUUUUAAAACAUAAAAAACUUACAAUGCACUGUUCCAAAUUAUUACGCACAGUAAGUUUCAAAACACUUUAUAGGUUGUAAAGAACUGAAAAUUGUCAUUUGUUGUGUUUGCAGCAUAUUUACUGAAAUAAAAAACUAUUUCAGUCAAACUUAUAACAUUUUAACAGGUCACAUUACAUUUUAACAUAGGACCCCUUAUUUGAUAGCAGCUGCACAAGUCUUGCAUCAAUUGAACUGAGUUUUUGGACAGUUUCUGCUUGAAUUUGUUUGCAAGAUGUCAGAAUAGCCUCCAAGAGCUGCUGUUUGGAUGUAAACUGCCUCCCACCCUUAUAGAUCUUUUUGCUUGAGGAUGCUCCAAAGUUUCUCAAUAGGAUUGAGGUCAGGGGAGGAUGGAGGCCACACCAUGACUUGCUCGCCUUUUAUCCCCAUAGCAGCCAUUGACGCAGAGGUAUUCUUUGCAGCAUGAGAUGGUGCAUUGACAUGCAUGAAGAUGAUUUUAUUACGGAAAGCAUAGUUCUUCCUUCUGUACCAGGGAAGAAAGUGGUCAGUCAGAAACUCCACAUACUUUACAGAGGUCAUCUUUACACCUUCGGGGACCCUAACGGGGCCGACCAGCUCUCUUGCCAUGAUUCAGGCCCAAAACAUGACUCCACCACCGCCUUGCUGGCGUCGCAGCCUUGUUGGAACAGGGUGGCCGUCCACCAACCAUCCACUACUCCAUCCACCUGGACCAUCCAGGAUUGCACGGCACUCAUCGGUGAACAGGACUGUUUGAAAAUUAGUCUUCAUGUAUUUUUCUGCCCAGUGCAGCCGUUUCUGCUUGUGAGCAUUGGUUAGUGGUGGCCAAAUAGAAGGUUUAUGCACAGUUGCAAGACUCUGGAGGAUUCUACACCUCGAUGUCCGUGGGACUCCAGAGGCACCAGCAGCUUUAAAUAUCUGUUUGCUGCUAUGUAAUAGUAUUUUAGCAGCUGCUCUCUUGAUCCGAUGCAUGGAUCUGGCAGAACCCGUCUGUGCUCUGAAUCAGCCACAAAUCUCUUAAUAGUGCGAUGAUCAUGCUUAAGUUUUCGUGAAAUAUCUAAUGUUUUUAUACCUCGUCCAAGGCAUUGCACUAUUUCACUCUUUUCGGCAGCAGAGAGAUCCUUUUUCUUCGCCAUAUUGCAUGAAAAUGGUGCUCUGCUUAAUGUGGAACACAGUCUUUUAGUAGUUGUUCCUUAAAUUGGGCUCACCUGGCAAUCUAAUUAUCACAGGUGUCAGAGAUUGUUUUCAGUGAUCAAAAGAGCCCUGAGACACAAUGCCAUCCAUGAGUUAAACUGAAAAACUAAAUAUUUAAUCUUUGUGACAAUUAAAUAGAAUUUGCAUAAUAAUUUGGAACAGGGUGUAUAUGCACAUAGUAAUUAAUUGAAACAAUCAAAGAAAACAAAAUAGAACAUGGAAAUACACAGAAAGGGGAUACGAAAAACCCUAAAGCAGAGAAGCCUCACAUGUUGUGCAAAAUAAUUGAUUUUAAAGUCCACAGAUCAAAUCAUUGUGAAAUAUUUUGUGUCCUGGUUGUUUUCCAAAACCCUAGCAGUACUAUAUGUUAAAGGGACUCUCCAGGCAAACAAUUUUACUCACCUGGUUCCAGUGCCGGGAGCCUCGUGAAGCCGCGCCACCUAUUUCGUCAAAAUGGCGAAAUAGGCGGGUGCGAGCAGGGAGCAAUCAGACGCUUCCAUUUGGAAGCGUCAUUGCUCCCUUGUGCGUAUGCGCGGCUUCGCCGCCCAUGCGCACAUACUUCAGAGGGCGGCAUUCAUGCCGCCCUCUGAAGUCCCGAGGGCACUACUGCGCAUGUGCGCGAGCUGAGCUAACUGACAGCUCAGCUCGCAAUCUUUGCAAGUCCCCUCUCCUCUGCUGACAGGCAGAAGAGAAAAGGCGUGCACACAGUGCCUUCUCUCUCCUGCACACGUCAGACAUAUUUUAAUACGUCUGACGUGUACAAGGCCUUUUUAGGGCCCUGAACGAUAGGAAGUCCCUCUGGUGGCCGUCUGAGUGACGGCCACUGGAGGUAUUCCUAUCAAUCAAUGUAAACACUGUAUUUUCUUUGAAAAUACAGUGUUUACAUUAGAUUGCCUGCAGGGAGCUAUAGAUCAUACCUGAACAACUACAUUAAGCUGUAGUUGUUCAGGUGACUAUAGUGUCCCUUUAAAUUAUUCACAAAACACCAUUCUUGGGGUUCACAAAUUCUAUUAUCUCCUAUGAAUAAGAAACAUUUCCACCAAAAAAUACCUUAUGGGAUUUUUCACUAAAGUGAGAAUUCAAAGAACAUUUCAAUGUUAAGGCCAAUAUAGCCGAAUUGGAACAAUUCUCCAGUUAGCUAUGCUUCUAGUUUGGCUACUUUUGUCUAGAGUUUGAAUUUCACUUUAAAUUCUCACUCUAGUGAAUAACCUAGCUGCUGAUUGCACACAAAGCUAAUUAGUAUAAAAAAUGUUUGUUUUUAUAAAUGAAAAGUAUAAUAAAAAUUACAUCGCCUUUAGAUAAGUCAGAAAUGCUUUAGUAUAUAUUUAUAUAUGCACAUUUUGUAUUUCAUCUGUUUGUCGUAACCUGAAUGUCUUACUUCCUAUUCUAAUUGCUUUUUAAAUCAGGGUUCUACACCUCCCAUGACGGUGUUUAAAGGGAAUAAGCGCCCUUACCAGAAGGACUGCGUGCUUAUAAUUAAUCAUGACACUGGGGAAUAUGUCCUGGAAAAGCUAAGCAGCAGUAUACAAGUCAAGAAAACCAGGUAUGGCUCCUUACCACACACUUCUGAAUAUUCCCUCCUCACUCAGUGACGCUGUUAAAGCGGCACUGUCAUGCCGUACUUACCUUUUCCUAAUCGCUUCCUCUUCUUUUUCUCUUUCUUACUCUCACUUUUUCUUUUUCUUUUUUUUUAUUAUCUAUUUUUAACUAAAAAUGGAACACAAAGUAGGGACUACCUUGUCUUAUCAAUUUAUCAUACGCCUGACUUUCUUAGACACUGGACAGAGCUACAGUGUCAACCUCGCACUAGAAAAAUAAACCACUGACAUUGCUUUACCAAACAUUAAUGAUACUUGACACUUCACAAAGAGAAACAAGAAAACUGGUUUGUCUCAGAUAUAUCUAAGCACUUGAUUGCAGGCAACUUCGAUACCAAGAGAAUUCAUACUGAAAACAGUUUAUCCAAUACUAGAAAACUGAAUGUGAAACAUUUUUCCCUGUCUGUACCCAACAGCUCUACAUCAUAAUGCAAUGUUUACAUUGUUUCCUAUAUGUUGUAUUUUACUUUGUGAAAAACAAAAUAAAUUUAAAUGUAAAAAUAAAAAUUACCACAAUGCUGAAAAGAUGGCACCUCAAUAAAGCUCAAAAUAUAACAUGUGAGAGUCCACAUGGUGUCCACUUUUGCAAAUGGAAUGCCUUUAUAGAGUGAUUUAAAUAUCUGAGCUACUAAAAAGCCCCUUUAGUACCAUAAACUCUGAAAGAAAUUGGUACUAAAAUGGCUGUAUUAUAAGGCUCAAAUUUUAACUGUCAGUGUCUCAAAAAUGCUGAAUAGUCCCAUCAAAUUCAUCUAUCAUAUUUCUAACUGUAAAAACUGAAAUAGUCAGGUCUUUUAUAUGGCAUUGUAACUUUGCACGACAGUGCCAAAUGUAUACAUUGGUGGUAUUGGUUUGUUUUUUUCAGAACAGUUUCCUUAGUAAAUUUGGGGGGUUUGAUCACAGUGGAACAUCUCAGAUUUGAAAAAUGCCCUGUUUAAAUGUAAUGUGUAUGUAAAAAAAAAAUAUUUUUUACCACAAAUGUUAUAAAAACUUUGGUUAAAAAAUGUCAACACAUUAAUGCACAAUAUACACCAUAUGAGAUACACUGGAAUGUCUAUUUUUAUAAAUGGUAGGCCUUUUGGGGGGUAAUUUGAACAAUCAAACUGUGCUAAUGCCCCAAAAUGAGCCAUAAGCCCAUCAAAUGCAUCUUGUUUCAAAGUGUAAAACUGAAACUUAGAUUAAGCAUGUUAGAAAAUCUAUAUCUUGUAUUCAUGCAGCAACUGUGAAUUCCACUAUCUACCAGUAGCACUUUUACUAGACGGAUAAUAGGAGAUACAGACUUGAAUGGAAUCGCAUAGUCUAGCUGGGUGGGACAUAUGAGAUCUAUACCCUUGGAGGCACUGUCUUUAUUUCUCGCCCCUCCCCUACAGUACACAGACUUCUAAAUAGGCAACGCCAGAAUGUACAUCAUAUUCCAGCACUAUACAAUUUUACUUAAACAUCUGAUAUCAGAUUCUGUGAAAGGGAUAUAUAGUUUGAGGCAUUCUUGUAUCAACUUACUAACUCACAUUGCCCUCAUUUCAGAAAUAAUGAUUUAUUUUUGCUUAUAUCAAAUAAGUGUUAAAUUACUUAUUUUUUUAAUUACUCUUUCCAUACAGGGUUGAGGGCAGCAGUAAAAUUCAAGCUCGGAUAGAGAAGCAAUCUGCUCGUUCUUCUCAGGGCACUUCUCAGUUCAAAACCCCAUCCAAGCUAACCGCUGGGCCUAAAAUGUCUCCCUUAAAAGAUCACCCUUCCCCGGAAACCCAGCUGGAUGAUAUUAAGAGAGGUAAGCGAAAGCUCUAAUAUUGUUGUUUAACUGCAGUGUUUGCUUACAGACACCACUCCCAAAGCUUCACUUACACUACAGCAGGAAAUGUAGUAAUAAAUUGUGAUUUUGGGUUACUAAUUCAUUGAGAAGGAUAACAUCACUCUCGUAGUAUUUGUGCAAAUAUUUGUCAAAAUUAUGGAAUGUUCUGAACGGGGUAUGGAUAUUAAAAGAUCACACUGAGCACCGUCACAACUUUGCAUAAUUGCAAAGGUGCUUGUGCAUUGCACACCAGGAUUGUAGGCACAUAUAACUGCAGCCAUUUGUAAACUGAUUUGUUGGUUUGUUUUUUUCAUACAACAUACCACUAUUUGGAGAGAAAUCUAAUCUAAGAUUAUCCUAAUCUAGGCAAAAAAAUAAUGGGGGUUUAGUUACAUUAUAUGAUCAUACAUUGCAUAAGCCUGCCACAACGUCAAUGUACCCCAUCUUUGGCAGGUCCUACUCUAACAGCCUAAUGUCUGCUAAAUGAGCUACUUACUUGGGGAAAAAUUUCAAUCUUGAGUUCUCUGCAGUACAAGGCUAAAUGGGACGGGAUUUUUUCCCAAAGUAAGUAGCUCAUUUAGCAGACAUUAGGCUGUUAGAGUAGGACCUGCCAAAGAUGGGGUACAUUGACGUUGUGGAAGGCUUAUGCAAUGUAUGAUCAUAUAAUGUAACUAAACCCCCAUUAUUUUUUUGCCUAGAUUAGGUGGUUUUUUUUUGUUUGUUUGUUUUAACUAACAAGAUAUGUCAGCACCAGAGUUGCUGUUUAGUAGAUAAGGGAGUUCGCUGGAUUUUCAUUUUUAUUGUGUAAUAAAGUAUAAGCUAAUUACAGGGGCAUUCUGCAAUCCAAUGUAGUGGCAAUUGUGCAGAGAAUUUUGCUGCACACAGUUUUAUGUCAAACCAUUUAGAAGUAAUUUGAAAAACUAAAAUAAAAACCAGGAGUUGUGCUUGUAAAAUGUGCUGCUUUUUUCUUUUUCUUUUAAAUUUCUGCAUAUAUAUUUUUUGUACGACAUGGGCAGUGCUGGUUCAGUGAGGGUGUGUGCCAUCAUGCGUUCCUCAGCAAACUGAGCUGUACUGUUUUUAUGUUGCUUAGAGUGUCCCUUUAAUAUACCUCACUGGCUACUGUCCAAAAUGCUCUGUCUUCCUGUGCAAAUGUGUCAGGAAUAUUAAUACCAUAUUUUGUUCAUAUGUGUUUUGAAUGUAAAUUUUAUUAUUAUUAUUGUUGUUUAAUAAAGUGAGUAUUCAAAGUGAAAUUCAAAUUUAAGGCCAGAGUAGCCAAACUGAAAGCAUAGCUGACUUAGAUAUUUUUAAAAUGCAUUGUCUAUAUAAUUAAUUUUAGAAGUAAUAGUCCAUAUGAAGCCUGGAGUGUUUCUUAAGCAUGUUUGUGUUGUUUGAUUUUAAUUUACACUUACAUCAGGUCGUGUAAAGAAGUUGCAGACUAGAAUGUUUUUCUAAGGCAGUUGAACUGUGGUCUUGUCACCGUAGAACUCCGAGCAGAAGUGGAGGUAAUUGAGCAAAUGAGUAGCAGCAGUGGCAGCAGCUCCUCGGAAUCUGGGAGCUCUUCAGGGAGUGAUGAUGACAGCUCUAGCAGUGGCGAAGAAGAUGACAGACAUACAUCCCCCACUCAGCAGCCAUCCCAACAAUACAGCAGCAAGACACCUGUUUCCAAUGGUACUAGCAGACCUCAGGGAACUAAUCAACUAAUGAACACACUCCGUAAGUAAAAUCCUCCUCCUCACCCAUUAACUUAAGGUGUGGGGGGGCUGAUUUUUUUUUCUUAUGCAGUCACAUUAUGUUUUCUAAUGCUGUACUGCACAGUUGGUGAUGUCAUCUGUGUAAUUAUUACCCAUAGUGAUAUAAUAAUGUACUGAUUGCCUCCAUGCUGUCCGGGGAUGUUAAUCUCCGGCAGAAGCAGGACAUGUCCAAGAUAAGUGGGAUUUACACUCUUGAGCAGCAGCUGCCAACAUUUUAAUUAAGCUUGUUCUCUGAAAUAGCUACCUACCAUCAGGCUUAAUGCCCACUGAUUUCAGGCAACCCUGGGGCAUGUAUGUGCCAGUGCUUUUCUAACACUGACGCCUUCUUAUUGCCACCCUAAUAUUAAUCUACCUCUUCUACCUUAAAACCCAUACUGUCCGUUAACACCUACAUUACACUAACCAUUAAUCGCUACUCCACCCUAAUGCUUAGACUAACCCCAAUCCACUCUAACACUAACCCUUAAAUGGACACUUUAGGCAUCAAAACAACUUUAGCUUAAUGAAGAAGUUUUUGUGUAUAGAUCAAACCCCUGCAGUCUCACUGUUCAAUUAUCUGCCUUUUAGUAGAAAUCACUUUUGUUCUGUUAAUGCAGCUCUUGCCACACCUCCGCUGGCUUGGAGUGACACAGCCUGCAUGAAAAAAUGGUUUUAUUUUCAAUUAGAUGUUAACUUUAGAAGUUUUUGUCUUCUACUCUGUACAGUGAACUUAAAUCAGACACAGGAGGCUCAUAGAAUGCUAGGAACGGAGCAGGAGAUAAGAAAUUAUAAAUGAAACAGAAUAUACAAUAAAGGAAGUUUAAACAUUAGAUCUCCCUUUACAAGAAGUGUUUAGGAAAGCUGUUUAAGUCACAUGCCCGAAAGUGUAACAAGGACUGCAUAAGCAAAGUGAUUCAACUUCUAAAUGGCAUAUAAUUGAACAGUAAGACUGCAGAUGCAUUAUCUAUACACCAAAACCACUACAUAAGAUAAAGUUGUUUUGUUGUCUUUAAUGUCCCUUUAAGCCUUACACUUACAGUAACCAUUAUCUAACCUCAUUCCGUUAUACUACCAUAACACUCAUACUAUCCUUAACCUUAAACUACACUAACCCUAAAUUUAACUCUAACACACUAACCCUAUCCUGAAAUAUUAUACAGAAUAAUGGGCAAGCAUAUACUAGGGGAAAAUAAUGCCAUUUUGGCUUUCGGCAGACGUUUAAAACCACCUAACCUUAAUUCUUGUGAUUUAUUAUGAUGUUUCCAGAUACACUCCAUAAAAUUAUUUCAUAUCUAUCUAAUAUGUAUCAUCUCUCUGUCUCUCUCUCAUCCACGCUGUGAUACACAAUAUUGAUAGGUUUAACAACUGCAUCCUUCACUAUCUAUAGAUCAGAACAAUAGGGAGCUUCUAGAAAUGGGGGACAUUAGAAAGAAAAAAGGACUGCGGAAAUAGUUUUAGGGACUCUAGAGGCAGCAGAUUAAGUGCGCAAGUUAGUUUCUAGCUAGUUCGUAUUUAGCUGCUGUUGAAGUCUGUUUUUCUAUUAAUUUAACAAUAUUUAAAAACUGCAAUUGAGGUGAGAUAUUUGCAUUUCUGUGCAGUUUUUGUUUUGUUUUUUCUUCGAUGCCACAGGCUAACGUUUUCUAUUUGGAUUCUAUAUAAUACAAAUUCUCUUGUUAGAUCAUCAUAUAUAAAUAGCACAGCAAGUUUCUGCCUGUUAGAAAUGAGAUGAGUUUAAUCAUUGCUGUUUGAGCAGCGUUACACGGAAGAGCUGCUAUGAAAUGAUGGUGGUGCAAGGCAGUGAAAGUAAUGUGCUUUGCCUCACUGAAUCUGAUUUAACUUUACCUCGGAAGAGGUAAUUUCCAAUCGUUCUCAUAGUAUGAAUUUAAAUGUCACAAAUAUAAAAUGGGCUUGCAAUUUCUGCUUCAAAAAUAUAUAACUCUAUACAAGGUGUCUUGUUCAUAAGUGGAGUCAGAGGUGUCUAAUAAGCCUGCCUGUCAUCUCUCUGCUUCUUCAUUUGCAUGGGUCAGUGACCGUGUGAGUCUGUGCAGACAUAGAAUCAAGAGAAACUGUCAUGCACGUAGAAUAAUAAAUAGUAUCAGUUCUAAUAAUCACAUGCCAGACAGCAGUGUGGCUCCAUACGUCUGCAAUCUUGGUUAUGUUCCUAUUCGUUUAUGCUCGACUAAGAUUGUGUUUUCUGGCAGAAAAGGAAACACAUUGCAUGUAGUGGGCUGUCAUCUUAUUGUAAGUGAGAUAUCUUUAUUUAAAUUGGAGAAUACACUGUAACCAGUGUCUGGUGGCAUACUUUAAACUGGGCCUGUCACCUCUAGCAACUUGGAUUAAUCAAAUCAAUGGGAUUUCACAUUUUAAAAAAAUAUUAUAUUUUCCAGUCUAACGGUCAUUAUGCUUAUUAUGCAAAAGUAUAAAAAAAGGUUAAUGUCCAAACCUUCUCCUGGCCAAAAAUUAGAUUAAAAAACAAGAGGCUAGGAACAUGCUAGCCCCCUAAACCAGUAAUGUCUGAAACAUUGUCACUUUGCAAAAGUUGUUAAAAGGAUCACGCUAAGAAACUUGACCACCACAGCUUGGUUUAGUGGUUACAUUGUUUAAGUCAACAUCCAUUCCACCUAGUCUGGGUGACAUUGAUAGACUUAGAGCACUGGGCUAACCUACCCCAUUCAUUCUCAGUAUGUCACAGCCGUUCAAGUUGGACGCCAUUGACAAUGAUAAUACAGAAGUGUAAAUUCUGCAUUUUUAGUGUUGCUUGGGAGUGGACAGUCUCUGGGAGCUGCAGAGAGCACUGGUGUCUGUCAAACCAUAUCUAAACAGUUUGACAAAGAACUGAGUGAAUGAACUCAAAGAAUUGGCCAACAUUAACGCUAUAUUGAGCUUUAGUGGUUAUGUUGCUUCACGUGUUUCCAAGCACUUUAAUCACGUUUGCAUCCUGUAGUGGUUAUGGUGCCAAGUGUUCCCUGGCACCCCCUAUUGUAAAGAGUGAAACAGUUUUUUAAUGGUUUGACUUUUUACUUGAGGGCCACGGGACACUGCUCCCUGCCUCUGCACCAUCUCCUGAGAGCCAGAAGUUAUUCAGCAGGAAUUUCCAUUAGCUGAUUGGCUGAGAGUGUCAGCUUCUAAAAAUUCUCCAUAUUCAACCCUACUCUAUUUCAUCUGUCUUCUUUCUUAUUUUAACUAUCGUUUUCUCAUCAUUCCCUCUCCUUCUAUUUUUAUCUCCCCUGCUUAUUACUUCUCCAUACUACCUUCAAAUUCAUUCUCCCUCUAAUCUUCUCAUUGUGAUUUAUUUUUAUUUUCAUGGUCCCAAUAUUCCAUUACCUUUUGCCCUUAUAUUUACCCAGUUAGUGAUAUUUGUAUUCGAGCAGGGGUGGGUUUAUAUCCAUGUGGUAUGUCACUACUCUUUCCCGAUCAUAGCUUUCCCACUUAGAAACAGGCCGUACAGAAGGGAAAGAGGGGUGAUCCACUCUCAUAGAAAGAAAGCUAUAGUUGUGGUAGAGCUAUGGUUCCCAUCAAUGGAAGGUGAAUACAUUGUGAUCGGCCUUCUGACAUUAUCUUACACUGGCAGUGUUUCUAAAAUAAACGUUUAUCAAUCAAAUGGCAACACAGCAUAAUCUAAUUGUCUGCUCUCCUUUGUGUUCCACAAAUUUUUAGGAAAUGAUCUUCAGUUAAGUGAAUCUGGAAGUGACAGUGACGACUAAAGAACAAAAGCUUUUUGUUCAUUCAUAUAUUUCACAUCCCUUUUAAGACAUAAAAGGAUUAAUACCACAUAUUAGGAAAUUCAGUACUGGCCCUUUAAACGCAUGUCUCGUGAUCAUCCUCCAUUAACUUAAACAAUGAAAAUGAAAUAUGUAGGGAUCCCAUCACUAAUAUGUUAGUACCCAUGCAGGGACACAAGUAACAUGCAGUUGUAUACUUGGUUGUUAACUGGUGCUGGGUGAAUCCUGCUUUAUUCUAGAGUAGGACAUAGAGGCAGAUCUCUUGGUUGCAGGAGCCACUGAGAAGCUUUAUGUAGGUUUCUGGAGAAUAGAGCUAUUGUGGCAUAUGCCUCUUAUUUGGACAUUGGUCAGCAUACCCUGUCAAAAACUGCAGUCGUUUGUUGGAAGCUAACAAAGCGUUAAUCCUAGGCAUUCUGAUUAUGUAAAUAAAUACACAUGUAGGAUAGCACUCAGAUAUUAAUUAUUUCAAACACCAGCAUUUUAUAAAUUAGCACAUAUAGCACUAAGCAAAUGGAGCUCAUUGGACGACAGGCUAAUGGACCAGUACUGAAAACCCCUAAUCAUUGUCUGAAGCUAUAAGCAAGUUGUCUGAAUAAAGUCUCAAAAUCCAAUUAAUCGCCAUGCUGCUGCAUACUUAUACACUGGCCACAGGGGAAUGCUCAGGAUAAUUGGAAGACUGUACAGAAGCCCCAUAUUUCGCACCAUUUUGUUUUGAUUUUUUUUUAGCCGUCUUUUGUGGCAUAUGUGUUUUUGAGCCACAAUAGCUCUGGGACAUUUUGCUGAGCUUCUGCCCAUAGACUGAAAGUUGUACAACUCCACCACUGCUACCUGGAAAUGGAUUGCCAAGGAACAAGCUCCCACUGCAUGAAUGCUGCAACCAAUAUCAUCGACAAGACAUCAGUCUAGAUAUACAGUGCUACUCAUUCAAAUGGAAUGUGCCACCAACCAAAGAAUGUAAUGGGAUUCUGUGUUUAGAAAUAGAUGUAAAAUGAAUAGCCUUGCGAGUGAUGGUAUUUCUUUAGAGUGCAUGUAUUGACUGCUUGUCAUUGAGAAUAUUCUGAAAAUGUUUGUUCAGUCUUGUAUUGUUUAGAAAUGUGUGUCUAAUCGUAACCAGCCCCUUGUGGAAAGAAAAAUGAUAUGUUAAGGAAGAAACCAAAGUGUCUCAUUAUGCUGCAUCUUUAUCGAUAUAAUUCCUAUAUCAUGCACAGCAGCAAAUAUUGAAUUCUGUAUACAUUUUGUAUAUGUGUUCCUAGUAAAAAAGAUCGGGGGGAAUGCAAGCUUUAGUGAGAAAUUGCCUUGGCACCUCUUAAAUCUCCAUGCCUAAAUCUGGUCCUCCAUUAUUAUUCAUUGUUUAUCUGUCGUACAGGACUGAAUAUAACUUUUAUAUUAAUUAUCGUGCUGCCACAAGAUAAUGUUCAACUAUGUAACUUUCAGAUUUUUACAAUUAAUAAAUGAGUACCAGGAUGCACUCAUCGCGUCCCUGUAAUCAUUUUAUUGUGAUUAAAAUGUCAUUGUGUUUGCUUAAAAUAUUACAAUUUAUUUUGCCCUUUACUACUUUCCAUAGUAUGAAAAACAAAACAGUGCACUUUGAUUGCAACUAAAUAUAAAAAAUAUAUUUUACUUCUUGAGUUUCAGUUUAUUAAUGCAUAGUGGUAUUAAUAAGUAUGAAAUGAUAUGGAUACAUUUGGCAUAAGUCAAAUUCCCAGCGCUACAGUCAACUUCACUCCAGUUUAAGUUUAGCGUUGGCAGCCCCAUGUCUUUUUGAGUAUAACAUAAGCCUGUUUUCCAAGUGCUAUACAAAUGAACAUGCAUGAAAAAUAAUUAGUUUUCUGAAUGCAGUUUAAUCAUGUUAAAGGGGCAUUUUUGGUUGUACUUUUAGUGUAAUUAAUAGCCAGUGCAUUAGAAAACGCUUGGCGUAGGACCAUGAAUUAGGGAAUAUGGCUGGUGAGCAGUGAAUCUGUGUUGAGGGAGCAUAGCUUCAGAAGCUUGAAUUUUGUUGUGCGGUGAUGUGGACAGCAUUUUUACUUACUCUGAAGCAUCAUCUUAUCUUGAGCAGCAUCUGGUUAGCUUAAUUCUUGAAAAACAUGAAUGAAGAUAUUUGCACUUGGUAAUAGAACCUUUGUGCAAAUAGCUUCAUUCGUGUUUUUGAUAAAUGAAGCUAAUUGCAACCAAACCUACUGUACAGCUUUCUGUAGAAAGUACCAGACACUGCUGCAGUAAGCUUCAUAAAUCAUAAAAAAAAACAUAAAUUAAGCUAUAGAAACUUGUGUGAUUUAUAUAGUCUUCCAUUUGUCUGCAUUCUCGCACAUAUGAGCUGUUUGAGCUCUCUUAUAGAAUAUUGAUGUCUGUCAUAACUGUACUAUUGCUUCUGAAACACAUAAAAUAGGAAGGGAAAAUGCGUACAUUCAUUUAUCUUCUAAAAAUUAAUUUAAAAGAAGAUUUGUGCGUGGAUGCCUAGACUGUGCUUUUUAAAUUUUAUUACUCUGCAUGUUUUUUUACUUGCUGUUAUAUUUGUGAAUGUAGUGCUAGCACAUUUGUACAGUGGUUAAUUUUACAAGGUCAGUGGCACUUAAAUACAUAACUAUGGUUUGAACACUUCUAUUAAAAUUCAUUUUUAUACUAUUAAAUGUACUUUUUCUGCUGAAAGUAAAGCUCUAACAUUAAAAAUAAAUUUAAGGUUGGAGUGUUUUUUGUUUUGUUUUUGAUUGCUGGGCCCUGUGUUAUUAAAAAAACAUGCUAUGUGGGAAAAGAGCUUCUCUCCCUUGUCAAUCAAUGCCUCUGCACACUGAGGCGCUGACUGACAGCUGAGAGAAAAACCUAUUUUUCAAUAGAGUUUUUUCCUAAUCUAUACAUUGUCUAGCAAAACUGCUAGCACAAUUAAUAGAUAAAAUUGUAUUCUCAAUCUAACAAGCUGUUUGGGGCAUAACAGGUGCCAUUUAAGAUCAGAUUUGGAUUGUUGAUCUUUUGCCAAUUUUACUUAUAGUCAUAUUCAAACAAUUACGUUUUCGAAUAACUAAAUUAUCAUUUGUGUGAGUAGAGAUCUUUCCUAUUUAUGCUAAUAGAAUAGUACUGGUAGUGUCGCAAUUUAAAUCCCAGAUAAUACUUGUAUACUUAUGUCAACGAUAUUUUUAUUUUUAUUUUUUUUGGUUAACGGUACAACUAAUUGGGCAAUAAGAGUAUUGACAUAUAAUUUUCAACACAGCUGAUCAUUUUUAAAAGAGGUGAUUAAUCACCUUGCCCAUUCUAACUUAGAACUUCAGGCCUGGAGUCUGGAGAGAAUAAGACUCACUGAUAAAUUAUUUUUGCAUUAUUCUAUAUUUUAAUUUUGUUUAGAAAUGUGUUAUUUCUUCUUUUAUUUUAUUUUUUGUGUUCUUUAGCUAAAGUAAAGGCCAUAUCUUAUGUAUUAUAAUCUCUCAAACUGUACAGCCAAUAUAUCUUGAUAAUUUUUCAUUGCUUGUAGAUAAACUCUUUAUUACAUUGUGUUAUUGUCUGUGGAUGUGUUUAAGUGCUAUGUAAAUGUAAAAGUAAACAUCUUCACAUUAA